AUGAUCUCAUCGCUAGAUUUGAGUGGAGAGACUUUGGAUCUCAAGGAAGCGAUGAAUAGGAUGAUUACUCGAUUAAACCAGUUUGCAUCUGAAGUUUGUAAAGUGGCUCGUGAAGUUGGUGUCGAUGGUACCCUUGGUGGACAGGCUGCGGUUCCCAAUGUUGAAGGAGAGUGGAAGGUGCUGGCAGACAAUGUCAAUAUAAUGGCGGACAACCUGACGUCACAAGUUCGAGCCUUUGGCCAAAUCACAAAUGCCGCCACUGAUGGUGACUUUAGUAAAAUAAUUACAGUGAGCACCUCUGGCGAGAUAGACGAGCUGAAACAAAAAAUAAACAAGAUAGCCUCCGACUUGCGUGAUAGAAUUCAGCACAAUAUUGCAGCUAUGGAGGCUGCUGAGCUGGCAAACAAGAGCAAAUCGGAUUUCCUUGCGAAUAUGAGUCAUGAGAUACGAACACCCAUGAACAGUAUUAUUGGCAUGACUCAACUUACCCUUGAUACAGAUGAUCUGGCUCCGCACACCUGGGACAUGUUAAAUGUGGUCCGCAACCUGGGAAAUAGUCUCUUAGUGAUCAUUAAUGAUAUCCUCGAUGUCUCUAAAAUCGAAGCUAAUCACAUAGAGAUCGAGGCUGUUCCAUUUAGCCUGGGGCAAGCUAUAUUUAAGGCCCUGAAAACUCUUGUGGCUGCAUGUAGUGAAAGAAGCUUUUGCCUUAUAUAG